UUCAGAGCUCAUCUAGAGCAUUUUAAUGUUUUGAGCACUUGCACUCUUCUCUUCACUCUCUUCCUGCUAUUGUCUGAAGGCUGGAUUUUGUUUCUGUCUCCCUCCAAACAGCAGUAGUUACUUGCUCAAAGUGUUGCAGGUUACUGCAAAGCCUGGAGGAGUCUGAACUCAUUCUGUUCAAGGCUCAGGGUACACCCUUGUGUUCCUGAGGCAAAGACUAAAAGGAAGACACCAAUUUGUCUGUUUUAAUUUUUUACCAGGAGUCUUUGCAAUGGAUGAUGGAGCAGAGUCUCUGAUGAUUGUGCAUCUCCUCACCCACUUGGGACACUCAUUUCCCCUGCAGCAAACUCUGGAUCGGCUUUUGGAGUGGCUCUGCCUGGACAUUCGCCUUUUCCUGGUGUCUGAGCGAGUUCCUCCACUGAAAUACUACGACAGACACCGCAAGAGGAGCUGCAGCUUUCCUGGAAUAUCCGUCCUCCUUUUUCUGCACGAGGGCUUGGGAGAAGAGCGGAUUUUCCAGGUCCAUGAGGAAUUCCAGCGCCCUCCCUGGCGGUACCAGCGUGCCCAGUUUGCCAAUGGGCAAAGCUUCCCCCAUGGCCCAGGCCAGCAGGACUUCUAUGGCCUGGGUGAGCAGCUGCCCGUGUGGGGCAUCAGGCGGGUGCCCUGCGGCCCCGAAAUCCUGCGGGUCACCCUCUCCUGCAGCUUUGAUAACUACGAGGACGCAGUGAGGCUCUAUGAGAUGAUCCUGCAGAGAGAAGCCACCCCGCAGAACAGCACCUGGUGUGUCUUCACGCUGCACUCCGCUCCCCACGUGGCCGUGCAGCUGUGCCUGAAGCAGUUGCCCAUCGGGGUGGUGGCCGAGCCCAGGGACUCGGCAGCCCUGCAGUUCAGGGUGCGGGAAAUCGGGCAGCUGGUGCCCCUGCUGCCCAACCCCUGCGCUCCUAUCAGCAGCACCAGGUGGCAAACACAGGACUACGAAGGAAAUACAAUUCUGCUCAAGGUUCAAAGCAGCUCCAGGACCCUUGAAACAAACAUCGGGUUUUCCCAGCAGCAUAAUAAUACAGGCAGUAGAAAAAUCCCGCAGGACUGUGUGCCAGCCCCUCUCCCUGUACAGCAGGGUAAUCCUAGGCGGAGAAGCCAGGAGGUCAGAGGUCUGAAAGGUAAAACAGAAUCUGACCCGAGUGAUGUCCUGGUCUCUGAGCAAGCCGGCAGUGACCUCCAGAGGCUCUCCUGCUCUGCUCCCGGGGUGCCAGCAGCCCGGCCGUGCUGGGAAGCGGCGUCGCUCCGCAGGCAGGGCAGCAGGCUGCAGGCUCCUGUCCCCGACAGCCGCCGGCACCGCGGCACAGAGACCGACGUGGACACCGGGCUGGCUCUGUCCAAGUGCGCAGGAAGAGUUGAACCAACAGUAAAACCUCGCCAGCUCUGCUCACUUGGGUCCUACAACUUAAAUGCAGUGCGCAAAAGUUUAAGCAGCAGCUUCGCUGAUCGGACUUAG